CUUUUUUAGAAUAAUGAUACCGUUCUAUGAAUAUCUUUUUUAGAAUAAUGAUACCGUUCUAUGAAUAUCUAUUUAUCCUUCUUUUUAGUAGUUUUUUCUCCUCACCAGGUCACACUAAAACGUAUUUGAUUACAACUGUGGACAAAAAGACAGGCAUAGGAUACAAACCUGCCCCCAAAUCUAAAAAUGGUAUCCAGACCCAGACUGGAUACGAUUAUUCAAAUACUGAAAUUAUUGAACCAUUGAUAGAACUUGUUACAGAAGGAAAAAUUGAUGUGACAGAGGAAUGUGAUAAAUGGCCGUUUAAAAAAGUUUGUCAACGUGUUAUAAUACAUCCUGAACAACUUGGUAAAGGAUCUGUUCUACUCCCAGGAAAUAUUGUGAUGGACUAUGUCGGUAAGGAACCUGGACAUGAUGAUCAAUUUAUCUACAGUGGACUGAAUGCUAAGAUGAAUAUCCUAUAUGAACCAGGAGCAGGGAUGAGUGGGAUUCUAAAACACGGCAAACAAACCUUUCUAUUGGAAAACUGCCAGGAGAAAGGGUAUCUUUGGAUUGAAAUAGAUUCAGAGAAGGCAAAACAAGAUUGAUCAUUGAUCAACAAUAUGUUAGUUCUUACAUGAAUAAAUAAAUAUUAUUGAAAUCUUUU